AUGCUGGAACAAAUAUCGAUGCCGGAACGCUACAAAACGUGGCUGGACGAAAUGUCGGAUUUGUUCGGAGGUUUGGACAUUUGCGCAUUGGAAGUCGUAGUAGGAAAAGACGGAAAAGAAUACAUAAUCGAGAUAAACGACAGCGCUCUAACUUUACUGGGCGACAGUCAAGAAGAAGAUCGCCGUCACAUCGCUGAUUUAGUAGCGUCGAGAAUGUCGGCGGUUUGUAGGCCUAGAUCGCCGCCCCCUGGCGAAGAACCGCCGCCAGUGCCGCCUCCGGUGGGUCCCAGAGGCAUUUUGAGCAGUAUCAGUAGUUUGACGCACGGCGAUGUGCCGCCCCCGACCGCCGCCACUGAGCAUCCCACUUUGGGAAGCGUCGGACGACGGGAUAGUCAAGUUUCACAGACUAGUACGGCCAGUGGCGGCGCGGGCGGCCGACUUCCGGAACCGCCUCCGCGUCCGUUCCAACGUCAGGGAAGUCAACAGUCCGCCACUGGCGGCGAAGACACCGAAGACACAAUGAAAAAUCUCAGAAAAACUUUCGCCGGAAUUUUCGGUGACAUGUAA